AUGACGAGCGAUUUGGACCGCUGGGUUGGUUCCGUAGGAAAGCUCCUCGGCAUGGGUGAUCGAAAGAGAGGUCUAGGCGAUUUCGCCUUGGACUUGUUGUUGGUGGCCGGUAUGAUGGCAACUGGAGUCUACCUGGCCCGCAACUUUCUUUCGUCCCUUACGAAUACACUUGCAGACCCUGACCGAGAAAAGCACGAACAAGCGCGGUUACAAGCCAAAGCUCAUCUCGAACGCUUACGCAAAGGCAAGAAUACUGGCAAGCCAGGUGACGAUUCUGCGAACGACAGCAGCUCGGCUCGUCGUGGCCCGAAGCCAGAGGAUCUGGUGCUAAACGAAUACGAGAAUCUUAUUGCUCUGGAAAUGGUAGCACCUGAGGACAUUCCCGUGGGCUUUUCUGAUAUCGGUGGUCUGGAAGACAUUAUUGAUGAGCUGAAGGAGUCAGUCAUAUACCCUCUUACUAUGCCGCAUUUAUACUCCCACGCUGCGCCGCUCCUUUCUGCGCCAUCAGGCGUGCUGCUUUAUGGCCCGCCGGGCUGCGGCAAAACUAUGUUGGCUAAAGCUGUUGCACAUGAAAGCGGCGCAUCCUUCAUCAAUCUUCAUAUCUCGACAGUGACAGAGAAGUGGUAUGGAGAUUCAAACAAGCUGGUCAGAGCUGUUUUCUCACUCGCUCGCAAGAUGCAACCUGCCAUCAUCUUCAUUGAUGAAAUCGAUGCAGUGUUGGGCACCAGAAGGAGUGGCGAACAUGAAGCAAGCGGAAUGGUUAAGGCCGAAUUUAUGACCUUAUGGGACGGUUUAACAUCGUCAAAUUCGUCCGGUAUGCCGGCGCGAAUUGUCGUACUUGGAGCUACAAACAGGAUCCAUGAUAUUGACGAAGCUAUUUUGAGACGAAUGCCUGAAAAGUUUCCUGUGUCUCUUCCGGGGAAGGAACAAAGGCGGCGUAUCUUGCAACUUAUCCUGCAAGAUACGAAAACUGAUCCGGACAAUUUUAACUUGGAGUAUAUUGCUAAAGUCACAGCGGGGAUGUCUGGGAGUGAUAUCAAAGAGGCAUGUCGCGAUGCCGCUAUGGCGCCGGUUCGCGAAUAUAUGAAGGAGCACCGGGCCAGCGGCAAUUCCAUGUCUAGUAUCACACCCGAUCACUUCCGCGGUAUCCGGACCGAAGAUUUCUUCGGGCGGAAAGGUGGUGGCCAAAUACUGAUGGAGAAUCAUGCGAAGCAGUCAGCAAAAGCCUCAGGGACGUCGGCUGAUGAAUACGAGGACAUCGUCGAGGACUUAGGCUAA